AGUUAAACCAGUUAGACAGUGUCAGUGAAAGUAAAACACAGCAGCUCCAUUUUGUGACGAGGGGAAAAUAAACCAUUUCAGGAGUAAAAACACAGGUUUGAUUUAACACACCGAUGUUGGAGUGAAGUAAACGUGUGUCCUGCUGUAAUCUGGAGAAGGAGACAUGACCUCCAACAUGAGUGUGUCUGGAAAACAGGACUUAAAGAAAGAUGAGAGAAUGAUGGAGGGAAAGAGAUCAGACUCACCAGAACCCAGCUGUGUGUCCAUGAAGAGUGAGGAGUCAAUGGGAGAACCACUAUACUUCAGAGACAGUCCUACUGAUGUGAGACCGCAAAAGAAGAAAUCAAACAUCAGCAGAAAUCAGUUGGAGUCCAUAUUCAAGGAGCUGGAACACAAAGUCAUCACUCUGAUAAAGAAUGAACUGAAGAGGUUUAGGAAGCUCCUGAGUCCAGAUUACCCAGCAUGCCCUGAGAGGGAGGUGGAGGAUGAGGAGGAUCUGCACAGUGUCAGAGAGGGAGUGCUGAAGAUCACACUGCACGUCCUGAAGAACAUGAACCACACAGAUCUCGCUAACACACUGCACAACAACUCUGUGGCCUCUGUGUAUCAGCCAAAGUUGAAAUACAACCUGAGAGAGAAGUGUAAAAGAAUUAAUGAAGGAAUCUCACAGCAUGGAAGCUCAGCACUUCUGAAUGAGAUCUACACAGAGCUCUACAUCACAGAGGGUUGGAGUGGAGACGUCAAUAUUGAACAUGAGGUGAGACAGAUUGAGACAGCGUCCAGGAGACCAGCAGCACAGGAGACACCCAUCAAAUGUAAUGACCUCUUUAAAGACAAGUCCAUCCGAACUGUGUUGACUAAAGGAGUUGCUGGAAUUGGAAAAACAGUCUCUGUGCAGAAGUUCAUUCUGGACUGGGCUGAAGGAAAAGCAAAUCAGGACGUCUUCUUCAUGUUUCCAUUUCCCUUUAGAGAGCUGAAUUUGAUGAAGCAGCAAAAUCUCAGCCUGAUGAAUCUUCUUCAUCACUUUUUCCCAGAAAUGAGAAAACUACAAUUAGUAGACUGCGACUCCUACAAAGUGGUGUUGAUCUUUGAUGGUCUGGAUGAGUGUCGACUUCCUCUAAAUUUCCAGAACAAUGAGAGAUUGUGUGAUGUGACAGAGUCAGCCUCAGUGGAUGUGCUGCUGACAAACCUCAUCAAGGGGAAUCUGCUUCCCUCUGCUCUCCUCUGGAUAACCUCUCGACCAGGAGCAGCCAGUCAGAUCCCUCCUGAGUGUGUAGACCAGGUAACAGAGGUACGAGGGUUCAGUGAUCCUCACAAAGAGGAGUACUUCAGGAAGAGGAUCAGUGAUCAGAGCCUGGCCAAUAAAAUCAUCACUCACAUGAAGUCUUCAAGAAGCCUCUACAUCAUGUGCCACAUCCCAGUCUUCUGCUGGAUUUCAGCCACUGUUCUAGAGAGAAUGUUGGGUGAAGCAGAGGGUGGAGAGAUCCCCAAGACUCUGACUCAAAUGUUCACACACUUCCUGAUCUUUCAGAUCAAACACAAGGGCCAAAAGUACCAUCAGAAAUGUGACCCUGAUCCUCAGCAGGCCAGAGAGAGUAUCCUGGCACUGGGAAAUCUGGCUUUCCAACAGCUGGAGAAAGGAAACCUGAUCUUCUAUGAGGAAGACCUGAGAGAGUGUGGCAUUGAUGUCAGAGAAGCGUUAGUGUACUCAGGAGUGUGUACCCAAAUCUUCAGAGAGGAGUUUGGGCUUCACCUGGGGAAGGUGUUCAGCUUUGUACAUCUGAGUGUUCAGGAGUUUCUGGCUGCUUUAUAUGCAAUUCUCUCUUUCAUCAGCAGAAAUGUAACAGAGCAACAAACCACUGAUCUGUCUGAUCUUUUCAGAAAGUCAAACAUAUCUGAUUUCCUCAGGAGUGCAGUGGACAAGGCCUUACAGAGUGAGAAUGGACACCUGGACCUGUUCCUCCGCUUCCUUCUGGGUCUCUCACUGGAAUCCAAUCAGACUCUCUUACGAGGUUUAAUGCCACAGACAGGGAGCAGCUCUCACGGCAAACAGGAAACUGUUGAGUACAUCAAGGAGAAGAUCAGGGAGAAUCCAUCUCCAGAGAAAUCCAUCAAUCUGUUCCACUGUCUGAAUGAACUGAAUGAUCAUUCUCUAGUGCAGGAAGUACAAACUUACCUGAACAGAGGAGGUUGCAGUCGUCUCAGUGGAACCAGACUCUCUCCUGCUCAGUGGUCAGCUCUGGUGUUUGUGUUACUGAACUCAGAACAGGAGCUGGAUGAGUUUAUUUUGAAUAAAUAUGACCCAUCAGAGGAAGGUCUUCUGAGGCUGCUGCCAGUGGUCAAAGCCUCCAGAAAAGCUGAGCUGUGGGGGUGUAAUCUGACAGAGGAAAGCUGUAGAGUUCUGUCCUCAGUUCUCAGCUCAAACUCCUCCAGUCUGAGAGAACUGAACCUGAGUGACAAUAAGCUGCAGGAUUCAGGAGUGAAGCUGCUCUCUGCUGGACUGGAGAAUCCACACUGUACACUGGAGAUACUGAGGCUGUGUGAGUGUAAUCUGACAGAGGAAAGCUGUAGAGUUCUGUCCUCAGUUCUCAGCUCAAACUCCUCCAGUCUGAAAGAACUGGAUCUGAGUUACAGUAAACUACAGGAUUCAGGAGUGAAGCUGCUCUCUGCUGGACUGGAGAAUCCACACUGUACACUGGAGAUACUGAGGCUGUGGAAGUGUAAUCUGACAGAGGAAAGCUGUAGAGUUCUGUCCUCAGUUCUCAGCUCAAACUCCUCCAGUCUGAGAGAACUGGACCUGAGUUACAAUAAACUGCAGGAUUCAGGAGUGAAGCUGCUCUCUGCUGGACUGGAGAAUCCACGCUGUACACUGGAGAAAUUGGGGAUGACUUACUGCAGUAUUACAGAUGAAGGUUGUGCUGCUCUGGCUUCAGCUCUGAGAUCAAACUCCUCAUCACACCUGAGAGAACUGAAUCUGAAUGAUAAUAAUCCAGGAAAAUCAGGAGUGAAGCUGCUCUAUGAUCUACUGAAGGAUCCACACUGUAAACUGGAGACACUACACAUUAAGUAUGAUAAACUCACCAGGACUGGUUAUGACAGGAGUCUCACCUCAAACCUCGAUAAAGCAGUUUGGUGAAGCGUUAGAACCCGUCCCACAUUUCCAGCAGUUUGGGAGCUGAAUCAUUCAUAUUCAGAUGUAGAAGUUCCAUAACAAUAACCGUGACUGAUCACAUCCUUUUAUCCACUCAGCUACAAGUUACUUCAGGCUUUAAUAACAUAUUUUACAAUCCAAAGUCAAAUCCUUCAGCAUCUACACACAACACAGAGAUAUCAUCACAUCAUCACACUGAUUACACAAAUACACAUCCAUGUGUUGUAGCUGUUUAUAGCUUAUUUUUAGCUAUACAUUUUUAUCUGUUUAUUCAGUGUGUUUUUGCUCAACAUCAAUUCAUUCAGUUUGUUGUAACAUGACGGUGAAUUUUUUCUCCACAGAUGAUUGAUUUAUAGUUGUGAUUUAAUCCUUUUUUCCCCAAAUAUUUUUGUCAAACCUCUGUUCCUUGUGUGCUAAUGUGUUUUUUUAAAGGACAGUUCUGGCAUAAAACUAGAAUUUAAUAUAUUAUUUGUCAUGGUAUGUAGUACUCUGUUGCAUGGGAUUGUAUUGUUUACUGUCUGUAAUCAUGUAAUCAUGCUAACAUUAUGGUAGCUAAAUGUGUUGUUGUUAACUUCAUUUGUUUGUCUCAGUUUAAUUUUGAAAGAUGUACAGUUACUCUCUGCUUUCCUCGUGUUUCUCUUCUUGCUGGUGUGACCUUUGUAUGUGACGUCUUCUGUCUAGAGUAACCACACGGAGCUGGUCAGGCUUGUGGUAACAGCAGGUUUAUUCUGCAGUCUGCAUUAUUGAUAAGGAAUAAAAAGUAGAAUGGGUCAUCUCUUGUCGGCAAACAGCUCAUACUCUGUCUCUCUGGAAAAUCCUCUGCACUUUUUUUCUUUGGAUUACAUUACAUUGUACAUAUAUAUAUAUAUAUAUAUACACAUAUAUAUAUAAAAUAUGUGCAUCAUUCAUCAGUUGUGUUGUGAUCAUAUGGUGGGCAGUUUGUUGUAAACAGAAUAAAAAUAAAACUGAA